GCACAUGUACAAUUGACGUGUUUUACACAAACUAGCAUUUUUCCGUUGCCAGUGUAAUCAACUUCAUCGCACGGAGUUUGAAUCGAAAUAUUUGGAAAAUUUCUGACUUCUGUAUUUAAAUUCAAGUUCUUUGUCAAUAAGGCACUGAUGCAAGAUGUCACUGAAGAAAAAUCCCUCUUUCCAGGAGGAGCUUUCAUCCAAACUGAAAGAACGAAAGAGACGAGGACUUAGUACAGGUUUCACUUCAGAAUCUGAAGACAGUGACGAUGAUGAUGCACUUGGAGGUCUCAGUGAUGAUGACAUCCUGUCUCAGUUCACCUCCAAGAACUCAAAGAAGCCACAACCAUCUCAGUCCAAACCGUGGGAGCCACCAUCCACUAAACAGAGGCCGUCACCUUCACCAUCACCUCGCUCUCUGACUAAAUCUUCCAGCGAUGCCUUCCCAACUGCUCCUCCAAGAAACAAAGGUCUAUCUGGAAGUGAUAGUCCAAAGUCCAGGAAGUCAGCAGGUUCACCAGAUCCUAUCAGGGCUCUCCUUGGAGAUGACAGUGGCACAAAGAAGAAGCCUCCUCCAAAGCCAAGUCCAAGACUACGUUCAGGGACCACAGACUCGUCUCCACGAUCGGAGGAUGACUCCCCAAGACCUCAACCAAGGCCAAGGAAUAAAGGACCAUCAGAGAUUGACAAAUUGCUCGGCAUUGCUUCAUCCCCAGAGCCAGACAAAAGAAAGAAAUCCUUGUUUGAUGAGUAUGAUGAGAGCCAGGGACCUAAGGGUGGUUCUGGUAAGCAGCCACCUAAACCUAAGGACAGAUCAAAAUCUCCUCUGAUGGACAUGUCAGGGCAAAGAGGAAAGUCCUCAAAGACUAGAAGUGAAUCUCCUGACAGGAAAUCCCCUGACCUUGAUGACUUGUUAGGCAUGAAGAACAAAAGCAAACAAGGGAGGGCUUCACCAGAGCUGAAGCCGAAAUCCAAGAGUAGGAGCGGCUCUCCAGAGAGACAAGCUAGUAAGGCAAUUAAUGAUCGGCGGAAAAAGGAUAAUAAAUCUCCAGAUCUUGAUGAUUUAUUGGGUCUUACAGACAAGAAGAAAUCAGAAAGGGUUUCAAGUAAUUCCAAGCCCAAGAUCAGGAGUGGAUCACCUGAUAGAAGGGGUGGGGGAGCAAAUGAUGAUCAACGGAAAAGAGACAAGUCUCCAGAUUUAGAUGACCUUCUGGGAUUAAGGAGCAAGAAGAAUCGAAGUCCAUCACCAGAAAGGAAUCGUGGUAAGGAGCCCAGAUCAGAGAUAGAUGAUCUUCUAAAUGGUCCAUCGUCUAAAUCAAAACCCAGGAAACAGAAGGGACUAUUGGACUCCUCGUCUGAGGAAGAUGAUGAAGUGUCCAAAGUGAACAACAGGUUAGGGUCCAUGAAUCUGAAGCAGAAAGGAGGGUCAAAAUCAGCUUCUCCUAAACCGAAAAGCCUUUUGGAUACCCUUGCAGAUUCUGAAGAAGAGGAUGUUAGCUCCAAACGUGGUAGAAGUAGAAGGUCACCGUCUCCUCAAGGCUUUCCACCAAAGCCAAAACCUAGAGUGCCGCAGGAUAGAACAGACACAAAAACCAACAGAGAGACACCUCAAAAGACAGACGACUCCAAAGCUAAAUCUCGUAAGAACCGAAUACCUGGUCUGAACUCUGAUUCUGAUUCAGAUGAAAAUAGUCAGGUCUGGUCCAACAAGAAAGGCCAGCAGAAGCAAUCACUUCUGGAUGUUUUAGAUGAUGAACCUGUAAGAAAGAAAGAUAAAAAGAAAGCUAGAGGAUUGCUUGAUGAUAGUGAUGAUGAUAGCGACAUGGAAGAUCAUCCCCCAAAGAUGACAAAUAGGCGACCUAAGGAGGGAUAUCAAAGUGACGGAGAAUCACAAAAAGAAAAGAAGAAAAAACCAAAAGUUCACAAACCAACUCCUAGCAGGCCCAAGUCAGCUGCAGUGGGCUCCCUCAACUCAAGCUUCAACUCCAGUGAGAUGAUGGCUACACUCGGCUCAGGAGGAGGAGUGCAGGAUUCCUCUGCUAUCAGACAGGCCAUCUAUGAACAAUGGCGGGCAGAGAAAACAGAGAGACUGAAGAAGCAAAAGAAGGAAGCAAAGAAGAGGGAGGAUGAAGAAAAGGAGAAGAAAGUCAAGGAAGCUGAAGAGAAGAAGUUUGAAAACAUGGCUUCUUUCAAGGCGUGGCAGAAUUCCAAGAAAUCGGUGUUGUCAAACCAACGCAAGAAAGAACUCAAGAAACAAGAGGAAGAACGGCGCAAGAAGGAAGAAGAAGAAUCUAAGAAGUAUGAAGCUAAAAAGGCUUUUGAGAUGUGGAAGGCUAAUAAAGAUGAGGUUCUCAUCGACAAACAUCGGAAGGAAAAGAAAAAGCAGAAGAACCUGGAAGAAACCAAAAUCUAUGAGAAGGAGAACAAAGAAAAAGAUGCCAAUAGUGCUUACAAGAAAUGGAAAUCUGUCAAGGACGACAAACUGCACGAUGCUGAGAAGAAGAAAAGACGAGAUGAGCAGCUGAAGAAGGAGAUGGAGGAACGAGAGAGGAGAGAGAAGGAGAAAGAGAGCCUCGUUGCCUAUGAUGAAUGGGAGGAGAAACUCCAGAGAAGGAAAGAGAGAGAAAGAAGAAGACUACAAAACACUCAGCCUAUCUCAACAACUCCGUUUAGACCUAGUGGGAAGACAAUCCCGUUCGGAAGAUGAUGAAAUAAACUGAUAUUUAUAGUUGCUCGUAAAAAAAAGAUAUUUCAGGAAGAACAUAAAGUGUUUUUAUGCCUCUGCUCGAAGGCCUUAUGUUUUUUUAUUGUCUGUCACCCCAUUUCAUUCUCACAUUAAAAUUCAAAACUAAAGAACUGUUUGGCGGAUGAGCUUGUCCAAGUAUGCAUUUAGGAUUGUUGAUGAGCUGCUACGUUUUGGGGGUAUCAAGGUGAAAGUUAAAUGAGGUCACUAUAUGCUUAAAUUACAAUGUUCUCGCGAAAACCAUUAUAGGGUUCAACUUCAACCUUGGUUAUUUUAGCUUGUGACAAUGGUCUCAGUAGACUUUGCAGUCACGGCGUCAAAGGUCACAGAUGUCAUCAUAUAUCUGAAAAAAAAGAUAGGUCAAUACUUUCGAUGGAUUCUUUAGCAGGUGUAGUGAGAUAAAGACAUGAAGAUUAUUAUCAGUCAGAGCUCAAUAUAUAUAGAUGAAGAAAUGAUGAACCAGGCUGUGGAAUAUCUAAAAAUAAGUUUCAGUUUUGAGUCUUAAUUUCCAUCAUUUAUGUUGGGAGACUUUGAGAUAAGAAAGAAAGAUAAGAAAUGGCUCAUAUUUAAAUUAUAUUGAAUAGAGAUGUUGAUGGACAGAUACAUCGUUUUAGGAACAGGAAACUUAGAAUUGGAAGAGAUAUAGACAGAUAGUAGGAUAGAUUGAUGGAUAGGUAGGCUAGUUUUAACCUCCCUCUUCUGUGUAUAGAUUUCUAACCGUCCUUGAGCAAUAUGUACUUAUUCAGGAUAAUUAUUGUUGGAUUUAUGUGGAACUUUGAUAUACAUGUAUGUGGAAUGAAUGUGAAUUGCCAAUUACUACCUGACCUGUGCUCUGUAAGAUCAAUUUAUGUAGUGAAUGUAUGUAGUGCAAUACUCUGUAUAAAAUUACUUUCUCAGUAGUAUUCAGAUUUCUAAUGUUUUCAAGAUGUAAAUAGAUUGAUCCUAUUUAAUUGUGUAUUUAAGAGUGAAAUUGGUAUAGGCCAGUUGGUUCCUGUAUAUUCAUGAGUUGUCAUGCUUACAAGAUUUGAAUGCUUUGUAUAGUGGAGAACUUACUUCAUAUGUCACCUUGAAGAAUUACAUUCCCCUUUAUUCAAAUACAUGUAGAUUCAUUUUGAACCGGUUGUUUUUCAAGCUGUUUUUCAGUGAGCUGACCUGAAGUCUCUUCAUAUUUUUGUGAGGUGUUCACAGACAAUAUCAGAAUGGAUUUCUAAAUUCCAAAUUUAUUAAAAUUUGUUUAAAUUAUUUUAAUUUCAUGUUGUCCUGGUACACAUAAAGCAUUUUAAACAUACAUGUAUAUUGUGGUGUUCAAAAGUUGUGGACCCCACUAGAAAAAGAACACAUUUCAAGUUUUCAAGUUCUGCCAUACAUGUAUUAGAUAUUUAAUUGCGAAGUUUGGUGAUAAAAAAAUUCAAUUCAGCUUGUUCCCCUGAACUUGUCAAAAAUUGUAGUAUUAUUUACAUUCAGCACUCAGCAUGAAGGAGUGCAUUUUGUGGUAGGUUUCACUAACUUUUGAGCACAGCUGUAUAUAUGUAUGCAAUUAAAUUUGAAAAGCUGUAUGGCCUUGCCAGGAUUGAAGAGAAAUUGUAUGUCAUGAUUGCCUGGAGAAGAGGUCAAAACACUUCAUAUUUCAUAUCGUCUCCAUUUACACCAACCCCUAUGAGGAUUUCAAAGGACCCAUAUUAACCCUAAAUAAGACUGGGCUAUUUCAACGCCCAAGAAGACGGGGGGGCUGAUUCAGCCCCCCCC